AUGGAAGCAGGGAACCUCACAUGGGUAUCAGAAUUUGUCUUCCUGGGGCUCGCACAGACUCGGGAGCUCAAGCUUCUCCUGUUUCUGGUGUUCCUGUUUGUCUACACCACCACUGUCGUGGGAAACCUCCUCAUCAUGGUCACAGUGACCUCUGAUUUCCGGCUCCACACACCCAUGUAUUUUCUGCUGCGAAAUAUGGCUAUCUUUGAUCUCUCUUUCUCCUCGGUCACUGCCCCAAAGAUGCUGGUGGACUUCCUCUCUGAGAAGAAGAGAAUUUCCUUCCAGGGCUGCAUGGCCCAGAUCUUCUUCUUCCACUUCUUGGGCGGUGGGACUCUCUUCUUUCUCUCAGUGAUGGCCUAUGACCGCUACAUAGCCAUCUCCCGGCCCCUCCACUACGUCACCAUCAUGAACACUCAGCUCUGUGUGGGGCUGGUGCUGGCUGCCUGGGGAGGGGGCUUUGUCCACUCCAUUGUCCAGCUGGCUCUGAUGCUCCCAUUGCCUUUCUGUGGUCCCAACGUCCUGGAUAACUUCUACUGUGAUGUUCCACAGGUGCUGAGACUUGCCUGCACUGACACCUCCCUCCUGGAGUUCCUCAUGAUCUCCAACAGUGGGAUGCUGGUCCUCAUCUGGUUCCUCCUCCUUCUGAUCUCUUACACUGUCAUCCUGGUGGUGCUGAGGUCCCACUCAGGGCAGGCGAGGAGGAAGGCAGCUUCCACCUGCACCACCCACAUCAUCGUGGUGUCUAUGAUCUUCGUUCCCUGUAUCUAUAUCUACUUCAGGCCCUUCACCCCCUUCCCCAUAGACAAGGCUGUGUCCAUCAGCCAGACGGUCAUCACCCCCAUGCUCAACCCCAUGAUCUACACACUGAGGAAUCAGGAGAUGCAGGCAGCCGUGAAGAGAUUAAGCAAGCGCGCAGUGAUCUCAGCAGGGACUGAACUUAAAAUAGGUGACUAUAAAUGA